AUGCUUGCACAGUAUCUUGCCGUUAUUUUUUUGUUAAGUGUUAACGCACAUGGCGAGCAAGUUCAUCCGAAGUCUCUGAACGGAGGAUACCAGGGCGGCAUCGAACUUGAUGACAAAGGAAAUUUGGCAGCGCUGCUGUUACAUAAAGGUACAAAGUUCAACGAUUCCGAGAAUACGGAUCUGGAAGCUUGGCUGUUUAGCGCAGCCAAGGGAAAAACUGUAUUCGUUGGGCUGAACUUUUACAUGGAUACGCAUUUUGAGAAAAAACUACUAUACAGGGCCGAAGCCUAUGCCUAUUUGGCGGCAUUCACGAAAGCUGUUCAAAUGCGAUUUUGGAGACUAACUGCGCCACGCGUGGAAAUUGUAUUCUCCGCAUCACUAUGGUUAAUCAGUGAACAAGAGUCGAAAAUUGAGGUGGUGAAGUCGAUCGGAAAACUUGAUGGGAAGAAAACCUUGGAAAAUCUCGCCGCUUUCGUCGCGGGACAACCUCUGACCGUGGAAAAGAGUGACGUAGUCAUUCUGCUAACAGGAUUAAAUGUGACUGAUGGGGAGGACAGCACUGUUCAAGGGGUAUCUUAUUAUGCCGGAGCCUGCAGCCCCAAGAGGGUUGCUGUUGUAGAGGACGACGGACGGACAUUCAAGGGUGCCAACGCAGCAGCCCAGCAAGUUGCCCAUCUACUGGGCGCAACUUACGACGGAACAUCACCUCUUGCAAACCUAUGUCCAGCAUCAUUGGGCUACAUUAUGAGCAAGAAUUCCAACACGUGGAAACACCACCGAUUUUCUUUAUGCAGCGAGAUCAUGAUGCGAUUUUCUUAUGGUUUUGAGAUCUGUCAAGUACUGAGUACCCCUGCAAAUUUCUGUGUUGCUCAGGGAACACUAAUGCACACAACUUAG